CAGCUAGCUGAUAUUUAGGAAAGUAGUUACUCCUACACCGUCCUCCGCGGCGAAGAGAGAGGCACAGUCCACAGAUCUAAUCCCCAAAUCUUUGCGGUCGUUGGCCUCGUGGUUGAGGGGAUGAGGAGGUCCACGACUCUAAUGGCGGCGCUGCUGCUGCUGGUGUCGUUAGCGGCGGCGUACAUGUCGAUCGUGUCGUACGGGGAGAGGAGAGAGGAGGAGAAGACCCGCCAGAUGUUCGUGGGGUGGAAGGCCAGGUACAACAAGACCUACAGCUCCAUCGGCGAGGAGGAGCACCGUUACGCGGUUUUCAAGGUAAACCGCCGCCGCGUCGGCCGGCGCCACAUCGACGCCGACGCCCAGCGCUACUCAUACCACGGCCUCAACUUCUUCGGGGACUUCACCCGCGAGGAGCUCAAACGAAGGUUUUGGGACUGCCAAAUGGAAGAGGGAGCUGGGCGCCAGGUACGACCAGGCCGCCAACAACGAGGACCUGGCGGAACCCGUCUGGUGGAUGAAGGAAGAUGGGAUGGGUGCCGGACGUAAAGCCGUUUCCAGGUAAGCAUCAUGUUCAUUGCACACAUACGAUUUGCAAUUUUGCAUCAAGUGUGGGGAGAUUAACGAAAAUAGGGGAUGUUCCGCUUAUGGAUUUUAUUGGUCAAGAGCAGUAGCUUCCGUAUGUGUAUGAAUAGAAAGUAGAGGAUGCUUAUCUUGUACCUAACAGGUCAAACAUCAAAUUGCUGCAGUUUCGAGUGCAUAUUUUAUUCGUGGAACCCUUAAAAAAAACUAAAAC